CCCGCUCGCCUCGCACUCAAGCGCACGGUCGGGAUUUCGGAAGCAGCAACGCCGGAGGAGAAUCACAGGAGGGAGGAAAAACUGUGAGGGGCGCGUUGGGGAAUAAAACGAGGCGAUCCGGCGACGCCAAGUUCGUCAGGUUGAGGGAAGGAGCGACUUUGUGCAGUAUUUCACCAUGGAGGCGUUACUAUGAGGUUCUGAAGAAGAUUGAGUGAACCAUGGCGCAGUUCCCCACCACAUUCGCGGACGUGUUCCUGAUUUCGGUGGAUGAGAGAGCCAAACAUGACCAGCAGUUUCACAGCCUCUCUCCCACCGCGGGGGGUUACAUCACGGGGGAUCAGGCGAGGAACUUCUUCCUGCAGUCCGGACUGCCACCACCCAUCCUGGCCCAAAUCUGGGCUCUGGCCGACAUGAACAGUGACGGCCGCAUGGACAUCCACGAGUUCUCCAUCGCCAUGAAGCUCAUCAAGCUUAAACUCCAGGGUCACCCGCUUCCUCCCGCAUUACCCCCCAGUAUGAAACAGCCCCCUCUGUCUUUGCCCUCGCAAGCUGGCUUCAGCAUGCCGCCCAUGCCCUCCCUGGCGCCCAUCGGUACUGCUCUGCCGGGCGUGCCCCCUCUUCCGCUCCCUCCUCUACCUGUUGGGGUGUCGCCACCUCUGAUCUCGGCGGCACCGCCUCCCCUCCCUCCCCCCAUGGCCAACGGAGCCCCCGCCACGGGCAUGAUGCAACCCAUCCCGGGCUUCUCCCACCCAGCCGCAGCCUCUUCAAUCAACAAGGCCUCCUUCAACCGUUCCAGCGUCAAAUUGCAGAAAGGUCCGUCGUUUGAUGUCAGCGGUGGUCAGCCCCCCGUCGACUGGGCCGUGCCUCAGUCGUCGAGGCUCAAGUACAGGCAGCUGUUUAACUCUCAUGAUAAGAUGAUGAGCGGCCACCUGACUGGUCCGCAGGCACGCACCAUCCUCAUGCAGUCCAGUCUUCCCCAGGGCCAACUCGCCUCAAUCUGGAGCCUGUCAGACAUCGACCAGGACGGGAAGCUGACGGCGGAGGAGUUCAUCUUGGCCAUGCACCUGAUAGACAUGGCCAUGUCGGGCCUGCCUCUGCCCCCUGUGCUGCCGCCAGAUUACAUCCCUCCUACGUUCAGACGUGUGCGAAGCGACAGCGUGCAGUCGGACCAGAAGAGCGUCCCUGAAGAGGUGGAGGAGGAUACGGAGAGCAACCAGGACAAGAAACUGCCAGUCACGUUUGAGGAUAAGAAGCGGGAGAAUUUUGAGCGCGGGAACUUGGAGCUAGAGAAGCGGCGUCAGGCCCUGCAGGAGCAGCAGAGGAAGGAACAGGAGAGGCUGGCGGCGCUGGAGAGGGAGGAACAGGAGAGGAAGGAGCGCGAGAGGCUGGAGCAAGAGAGGAGGCGACAGCAGGAGUUGGAGAAGCAGUUGGAGAGGCAGAGGGAGCUCGAGAGGCAGAGAGAAGAGGAGAGACGCAAAGAAAUUGAGAGGAGAGAGGCUGCGAAGCGCGAGCUGGAGCGGCAGAGGCAGCUGGAGUGGGAGCGCCAGCGUCGCCAGGAGCUUCUGACCCAGAGGAACCGAGAGCAGGAGAGCAUCGUUCUGCUCAAAGCUCGCAAGAAGACCCUGGAGUUUGAACUGGAGGCUCUGAACGACAAGAAGAGCCAGUUGGAAGGCAAGCUGAAGGAUGUCCGGUUCCGUCUGUCGGCCCAGCGCAGGGAAGUGGAGCAGACCAACCAGACCAGGGAGGCUCGCAUCGCUGAGAUUACGCUGUUGCAACAGCAACUGCAGGACUCUCAACAUUGGCUCGGGAGUCUCAUUCCCGACAAGCAGAGUCUCAACGAACAGCUGACACAGGUUCAACAGAACAGCCUGCACCGCGACAGCCUGUCGUCACUGCAGAAGGCCGUGGACCAGAAGGAGUCCAGUAGACAGCAGCUCAAAGAGCAGCUCGACACGGUGGAGAGGGAAACCAGGGCCAAGCUGCUGGAGAUCGACGCUUUCAACACCCAGUUGAAGUCUCUGUGUGAGUUCUAUGCCAGCCACUGUGCCAGGAUAGAAGCCCUGCGACGCCAGCUUGACGACGAGCAUGAAGGGAGACAGGAGCUGAGAGAGAUCCACAGCCGGCAGCAGAGGCAGAAGCAGAAGGAGCUGGAAGGAGACACGCACUCCACGAUGCACCCGCAGACCCCUGUCGACCGGACGUCUGCUGAGCUGCAGGAAAGGAGGUUGUCCUCGGACAAAGCUCCGGCUUGGAGGAACGACGACGCGGGAAGUUCCGCCCUGAAGGCCCCGAGCCCCGCUUCCGCCUCGCACGCCUGGCUCAACCGAGUAACUCAAGAGGAAGAAGAGAGGAAGCGGCGAAGCCUGGAGGAGGAUGCGGAAGGUCGUAAGACUGCGGGUCCCGCCGAGGAGAAGGCCGAGGAGGCUCGAGGCAAGAAGGACAUGCAGGAGAAACUCAACAAGCUCUUCAGCCAGCCGACCGAUCCGUGGGCUUCGACAGAAAAGCCUCCAGUGGUGAGCCUGUUUGAGCAGAAGGCAGCAUUAAGUGGCUUUGAGCAGCAGCAGCAGCAGCAGCAGGCGGUGAAGGUAGUCUACUACAGAGCGCUCUACCCGUUUGAUGCCCGCAGCCACGAUGAGAUCAGCAUUGCCCCCGGUGACGUCAUCAUGGUGGACGAGUCUCAGACGGGCGAGCCCGGUUGGCUGGGCGGGGAGCUCAGGGGCCGGACCGGUUGGUUUCCGGCCAACUACGCCGAGCGGAUACCGGAGAGCGAAGCGCCCGUGAGCCUGCGGGCGGCCGCCUCUGCCGCGCCGACCUCUGCCCAGCAGCCCAUCAGCACGCCGCCGCCCGCGCCCGGUCAGAGCUCUUCCUCCACGUCGUCCGCCACCAGUAACUGGGCCGACUUCAGCACCACCUGGCCAUCUAACACUAGCAGCCAGAUGGACAGCGAGGGGUGGGACGCCUGGCCCACCUCCUCCGCCGCUCAGAAUCCGUCCCUCGGCGUCCCGUCUGCUCAGCUGCGGCAGCGCUCGGCCUUUACGCCGGCGACCAUGACCGCGGGCUCUUCGCCCUCUCCUGUGCUGGGCCAGGGGGAGAAGGUGGAGGGUCUGCAGGCCCAGGCCUUGUACCCGUGGAGAGCCAAGAAGGACAACCACCUCAACUUCAACAAAAAUGAGGUUAUAACGGUACUGGAGCAGCAGGACAUGUGGUGGCUUGGAGAGCUUCAGACGGGACAGAGAGGAUGGUUCCCCAAAAGCUACGUCAAGCUCAUCUCUGCCACCAUGACGCCCCCGCUUGCGAUGCCAGUGGGCGCUCCAAUUGCAGCCCCGGGCGUGAACUCUGCACGUGGCAAAAACGCAAGCGAAUGUGUGGUGUCAGAAAGCCCCCCCAAUGGAAAACGCCCCUCUCCCACCCCAUGCAAGACCUCCGAUUCAGGAGAAGAGUACGUGGCCAUGUACACGUAUGAGAGCAGCGAGCAGGGCGACCUGAGCUUCCAGCAAGGAGAUGUCGUCAUAGUGACCAGAAAGGAAGGCGACUGGUGGACCGGUACGGUGGCCGGCAAAACCGGGGUUUUCCCCUCCAACUACGUUAAACCGCGAGACGCCUCCUCGGAGUCUUUAGGACCAGCAGGAAAGACGGGGAGCCUUGGCAAGAAACCAGAGAUCGCCCAGGUGAUCGCCCCCUACUGCGCAACCGGAGCCGAGCAGCUGACGUUAGCGCCGGGCCAGCUCAUCCUCAUCAGGAAGAAGAACCCGGGUGGCUGGUGGGAGGGCGAGCUGCAGGCCCGUGGGAAAAAGCGGCAAAUCGGCUGGUUUCCGGCCAAUUACGUCAAGCUGCUCAGCCCCAGCACCAGCAAGACGACGCCCACCGAGCCCACGCCCCCAAAACUGGUCCCUGCUAGCACCGCCGUGUGCCAGGUGAUCGGCAUGUACGACUACGUGGCGCAGAACGACGACGAGCUGGCCUUCCAGAAGGGUCAGGUGAUCACCGUGCUCAACAAGGACGACUGCGAUUGGUGGAAAGGCGAGCUGAACGGUCGGGAGGGUCUCUUCCCCAGCAACUACGUGAAACUCACCACCGACACGGACCCCAGCACGCAGUGGUGUGCCGACCUGCACCUGCUGGACAUGCUGAGUCCCAUGGAGAGGAAACGUCAGGGCUACAUCCACGAACUCAUUCUCACCGAGGAGAACUACGUCAACGAUCUGCAGCUCGUCACUGAGAUCUUCCACAAGCCUCUGCUGGACUGCGAGCUGCUGAGCGAGAAGGAGGUGGCCAUGAUUUUUGUCAACUGGAAGGAGCUCAUCAUGUGCAACAUCAAACUGCUCAAAGCGCUGAGGGUGAGGAAGAAAAUGUCCGGCGACCGCAUGCCCGUCAAAAUGAUCGGCGACAUCCUGACCAAUCAGCUGCCGCACAUGCAGCCGUACAUCAGGUUCUGCUCGUGUCAGCUGAACGGAGCCACGCUGAUUCAGCAGAAAACAGACGACAACCCCGAAAUUAAAGAUUUCCUCAAGAGGUUGGCCAUGGACCCUCGCUGUAAGGGGAUGCCGCUCUCCAGCUUCCUGCUCAAGCCCAUGCAAAGAGUCACCCGCUACCCGCUCAUCAUCAAGAACAUCUUGGAAAACACUCCGGAGUCGCAUCCCGACCACAACCACCUGAAGGCCGCGCUGGAAAAGGCGGAAGAGUUGUGCUCGCAGGUAAACGAGGGCGUGAGGGAGAAGGAGAACUCGGAUCGUCUGGAGUGGAUCCAAGCUCACGUUCAGUGUGAAGGCCUUUCGGAGCAACUGGUGUUCAACUCGGUCACCAACUGUUUGGGCCCGCGCAAGUUCCUCCACAGCGGCAAACUCUUCAAAGCCAAGAGCAGCAAGGAGCUCUACGGCUUCCUCUUCAACGACUUUCUGCUUUUGACGCAGGUGACCAAACCCUUGGGCUCGUCCGGAUCCGAUAAAGUCUUCUCCUCCAAGACGCACUUGCAGUAUCGCAUGUACAAGACGCCCAUCUUCCUCAACGAGGUUCUGGUGAAACUCCCGACGGACCCGUCGGGGGACGAGCCCCUCUUCCACAUCUCCCACAUCGACAGAGUUUACACCCUCAGGGCCGAGAGCAUCAAUGAGCGGACGGCGUGGGUCCAGAAGAUCAAGGCGGCCUCCGAACUCUUCAUCGAAACGGAGAAGAAGAAGAGAGAAAAAGCUUACCUGGUGCGUUCCCAGAGGGCGACGGGCAUCGGAAGGCUGAUGGUCAACAUCGUGGAGGGAAUUGAACUCAAGCCGUGUCGCUCGCACGGUAAAAGCAACCCUUACUGUGAGGUCACCAUGGGCUCUCAGUGCCACAUCACCAAAACUCUGCAGGACACGCUGAAUCCCAAGUGGAACUCCAACUGCCAGUUUUUCAUCAAGGACCUGGAGCAGGACGUCCUGUGCGUCACCGUGUUUGAGCGGGACCAGUUCUCGCCGGACGACUUCCUGGGCAGGACGGAGAUCCGACUGGCCGAGAUCAAAAAGGACCAAGGCUCCAAGGGACCGAUCACCAAGCGCUUGCUGCUCCACGAGGUUCCCACCGGCGAGAUCGUGGUCAGGCUGGACCUCCAGCUUUUCGAGGAGCCCUGAAAGCGCACCGGUACCGUUGUUAUCGGGACGCCGCCGGCCUCGGGGACCGAAAAGAAACUCAGACUUGAUUCUUUCCAACUUUAUUCUAAUUCUUAUUUAUUGACUGAGCGGUAGAGGUUGGAUCGUCGGCUGGUAAAUUGGACCACAUAGCAGCUCGCUUGCAAACCGUCAUGUCACCCAAGAAAAAUACUUUUUGACAGGCGGAACUCGGGCAAAAUCCACAAGUUAAACAACAGGGGGCGACACGACAACAUUUUUUUUUUUCUGCUUUCACGGGAAAAGCUGUCUGCAAUUGUUAGCUUGUUGCUAACUGCUAAUCCAAUGUGACAAUGUGACUUAACGGUUUCGGACUCCAGUGACAAUCCCUCACCUGUGUCUGUGUGUGUCACCCUCCUCUGAACACACGUGACAUUAGCAUUAAGUGUACCCGUUUAGGCGAAAGCUAACAAUGCUCAAUAGUUCGGGGCAGCAGAAGGCGAGUGUUGAUAAUCGAUUUAAGCUUUUUUUUUUUUUUUUUUUUUAACUCAUUGGGAUCAUUUUCUAUUGUUUUCAUUUUUGUCUUAUUUUGUACUUAUUUUCUUUACAUUUUCUUUUUGGUUGUUUUUAAUUAUACUGUAGUUUUUAGAUUUUGUGGGCGGUAUUUUUUUUCUCCUGAUGAGUUAAUUUACAUUUCAUUUUUCCACUUUUUUUUUUUUACCAUGGGGUAAUUCAUUUUUUUCUUUUUUUAACCUAAGGACUUUUUUUUUUUUUUAAACCAGAAAGAAUUAGUUUCCCUUUUUUAACCUAUUAGGAUAAUUUGAGUCCUUUUUUCAAACCAAAGGUGAUCAUUUUUGCUUCUGUAUAUAUAUUUUUUUUUUUACCCAUCAGGAUAAUUCAUUUACUUCUUUAUUAACCUUGGGACAAUUUCCCAUUAUUCUUGUCGAGUGUUCCCUCGCUACAACGCGGUUCACUUUAUGCAACCUCGUUAUCUCACGGAUUAAUUUAUUUUUGUGCGUGUGUGUAAAUUGGCUAAAGGGAACCCAGUAUCGUGUUCCGCUUCCCGAUUGGCUAAGGGACCGGACUGCAGGUCGGCCCCACGGCCUUUCGGCCCACUUGGACCACGCGUCGCGGCCUUCUGGGUUGUGCCCGCGUUGCGUUGCUUAGGGCAGGCGAUCGUGACCAAAAAGAGUUAGCGUACAGGUCACGCAGUCCAUCCAUCCAUUUUCUUUUUCCGCUUAUCCUCACAGGGGUCGCGGGGAGUGCUGGAGCCUAUUCCAGCUGUCAACGGGCAGGAGGCGGGGUGACAAAAUUCACAAUCGUCCCACCCAAUUUUCGAUAUUUCCCGUUUUACGUCAGCUUGCGAUUAUGGAACCAUUUGGCCAACAAUACAAAUACUGAGUGCUGACAUUCCGUAAAGUACAGUAGAGCGUUACGUACUUGCUAUUGUAAAAGAUGUCGCCAUUGAACAUGAUAACAAAGGCUGCAGACAUUGGAAAAAAGUAGUACAAACGGGCCACUUUCAUCUGCGAUUAUAAGUUCAGUUUUCAAAUAAAUGUUUUGGCCUCAAACAGGUUUUGAUCUUUGGUUUAAUUUAUCUUUUUUUACAAAGGUAAAAAUGCCUGUCUGAGAAAAGUUUAGCAAGUGUGUGGGAAGGGGUUUAACAGCCGUAAACGUGUAAAAGAAAUGGUUUAAAAAAACUGUAAAGGUAAAAAAAAAACUAAACAAAAAAUACUGUAAAUGUAAAAAAAAUCAUCCUGUAAAUGGAAAAAAAGCAUCCUCUAAACGGAAAAAUAUAUAUCUCGUGAAUGAAAAAUCUAAAGCUGAAAAAAAACCUACUUCACUGAUUUCACCAAACGCGGGUAUUUCUUGGAACGCAACCCCCGCGUUAAACGAGGGAACACUGCAUUCUUUUUUUUCUAACCCAUGUCAAUAGCGUGACGAUGCCGGUUGUCGUUAUCCGUAUUUUUAAACCCAUUUUCUUCCCACAUUAUUUGCCCACAAAGACAAUUUUUUUUUCUUUUCAUUUUUCGCCCGUAAGAAUUUUUUUUUCCUUGUGACGUAAUUAUUUAACCUGUUUUGUUUUUUCUCAAUUUUCCAACCCAUGGAGAAAUUUGAAUUGUCGUUCCGGUUUUUGUUGUUUUUUUAAAAUCGAUGAAGAUCACUCAAAAACUUUACCAAUAUGUAUUUUUGUAGCUGAAAUGUAAGGGGCGGGGCAAGUGUUCAGAGGAGGGCAAGAAAGAAGAAGAAAGGCGAGUUUUCUUCUGCUUUCGCGUCCCGUUGGGCCCGCGAGGGUUCGCCGCGCUAUUUUCGAAGUGACUUGCGCUCGCUCACAAUUUCAAAAUGUCAUGUUUUGUUCCACGUUGUAAACAAUGGACGACGUGCCCUUUGUCCAAUCAAACGGCAGUUGUGUUUCUUGACAAUGAUCAAAAUGUCUUAAGCGUGUAUUCUCCUGCCGGGACCGCCCCCGUAAACUCCUCACAGCGUAGUCAGUGAAGUCAGCUCACCGUCCGCCGUCCUUCCGGGCUGCCGUAUUUAAAAAGUAGUGAGACCAAGUCAGAGUUAAUAUAAAAGAACGAAGGUGGACGUACCUUGUUGUCUUUCCAGUGUUAAUAAAGUUCCAAAUAAACUU